AUGCGUUUACGACGACUUGUGGCGCCGUGGGUGGCCUCGCCACACCGCUGGAGCGUGCAGCGAAAGCCGGAGGGCGGGGAGGGGAGCGGCGCGGGUGGGGCCAUCGAGGUCGACACGACGGAGGAGUGGCUGCGGGGCCACGUGGCGCAGGCCGUUCGUGAAGGCCGACAAACCAAAGAGUCGGCGGAGUACUUUGAGAGUAUCAUGAACGACCAAGCGGAGUUUCGCCAGUACGUCCAGGAGGCGCGUCGGCUGAUGAACAAUCAAGACCCACGCACGCUUACCAAGUACCAACAGAGACACUUUGCCGAGCGCUUGUCGCAGCAUAUGAGCGGGGUUGCGUCGGAGCGGCUGAUGCGGGCACACGCGGAGGAGUCAAACGCACGGCGCCACACCCAAACCGGCGCCCCCACAGGCGAGAACUACUGGUUUGAGGCAGGCAACACGCUGGCCUCGCCGUCUGUUCCGGGGUUUGUGAAGGACGAAGUGUUGCGGGAGAUGCGUGAGGACCGAAAGCAGGCAAGUGCCGCGUUUGAGGAAUCGAAUGAGGUGCAAGCGAUGGCGGACAAGGACGAGGCAUUCGCACAACAUCUGCGACGUCAACGCCAGCGCCUACUCCGCUCUGAUGACAAUUCUGACUGA